GCUCAAAGAGAAAGAAACCAAAAGAAAUAAGCAUGGAUCAAGCCCUCCGAGAAGCCGCCAUAAGAGGAGACACAACCCUACUCCAUCAAAUACUACACCAAGAUCCGACCAUACUCGAUCGAAUCCAAAUAGGCAGCUUAACACAUUCUCCUCUUCACGUGGCUGCUUUUCGCGGUCACCUUCCCUUCACAACCGAGAUAAUAAACCGCUGCCCGGGUCUUGUUUUAGUCCUCGAUAACCGUCGAUGGUCUCCACUUCACCUUGCGGCGUCACAAGGACAUGUAGGCGUUGCUAGGAGUUUGAUCAAGUUGGGACCCGAAAUGUGUGAAGUGGUGGAUGGAAGAUGGUUAUAAUCCCCUCCACUUGGCUGCCAUCAAGGGUCGAGCCGAGGUGUGUCCGAGUUGCUUCGGGCAGGGACGCAUGCUGCCCGAAGGAAACCGCGGUCGGAGAGGGGAUUCUUCAUCUUUGUGGUGAAAUAUGACAGGUUUGAAUGUUUGAAAGUGUUGAUGGAAAAUGUUAGGGAUUUGGAGUUUGCUAAUGGGAAGGAUGGUGAUGGGAACAAUGUAUUGCAUCAAGCUGUCAAGUAUAAACAAAUCGAGAUAAUUAAUUAUAUACUAGUUCAAAAUAUGGUAGAUAUAAAUGCUACAAAUGCAAUGGGGCUUACUCCAUUAGACAUUCUAUUAAAACAAAGUUACCACAUGAAUGUCAAAGAUUUAGACAUAAAAGAGACCUUAAAGCAUGCCGGAGCAAUGAAAGCCAAAGAAAUCCUCUUCGAUAUGGCUACAAACGAUGCAUACGCCUCAGAAUUUCACGACACAUCCUCUUCAAAAUUCAAUCGUGUUUCAAACUCAGAAUCGGCCAAGAACAACUACAAUAACAUAUUCGGAAGCAAAGAUUGGCUUCCAAGAAGACGCGACUCCUUAAUGGUAGUCGCGUCUCUCAUAGCCACGAUGGCAUUCACCGCAGGGUUAAACCCUCCGGGAGGUGUAUGGCAAGAAAAUACUAUAAAGUUGAACGAUAUUCCGCAUCGUGCAGGAGAGGCCAUCAUUGCUUACAACUAUUCAGACUCGUAUAAGUUCUAUUUGAGGUCUAACACUAUUGCAUAUGUUGCGUCACUUAGUAUAAUCCUACUUCUCAUAAGUGGAUUGCCUUUUAGGCGUAGGAGGUACAUGUGGACCUUACAAGUCGUGAUGUGGGUCACGAUAACUGCAAUGGCAUUCACUUAUGCGUAUGCUUUAGUCGCUUUGACUCCAAAGAAGGAUAGGAGGUCGCUAAAACGAACUUUGGUGGCGGCGGUUCUUGUUUGGUGCAUAGUGAUGGCACUCGUUUUCAUUGGGAAUGCUUUAAGAUUGUUUAUGAAAUGGCUCACAAAGGGAAAAAAAGGCAUGGAUUGUUGGAAAGGAAGAAGAAACCAAAAUGAUAUGCCUCAAAUUUAAUAAGAAAGCUAUGGUAAUUCAUUUGGAUGGUUGUGAUUUAAUUAUUAUGUAGU